AUGUAUCCGGUGGUCUGUUUCGAUGAAAGACCUUGCCAGUUGAUUGACGAUAGCAUUGCCCCCAUACCCAUGGAACCGGGCAAACCCAGACGACAGGACUACCAUUACAAGCGCAACGGUGUGGCAAGCCUAUUCAUCGCCUUUGAGCCACUGACCGGCAAACGCAUCGUGGAAUUACGAGCCCGUCGAACCAAGGUAGAUUAUGCACACUUUUUGAAGCAGGUGGCUCAACAUUACCCAAACGCCACCAAGAUUCGGUUGGUUCAGGAUAAUCUCAACACCCAUAAUCCGUCGUCAUUCUAUCAAACCUUUGAAGCAUCUGCAGCCUUUGAGUUGACUCAACGGUUUGAGAUGUAUUACACCCCCAAAAAGGGGUCGUGGUUGAACAUGGUCGAGAUUGAACUGUCUGUGCUUUCAAAACAGUGUCUUUCUCGCCGUAUCGGUGAACUUUCGGAGUUGGACCAACAAGUCACUGCUUGGGCUGAAGCACGGAAUCGAAAAAAAGCGAGUGUCAACUGGCAGUUUACUCUCAAUCAGGCACGGCAGAAGUUCCACCGAUUUUAUCCUAAUACUUCAACAUAA